AUGGUGCAUUUUAGCAACGUUUUGAUCGCAAUCCUCAACAUCCUCACCAUGCUCAUCGUUGUCGCCUCCCUGGCCGUCGGCAUUUAUUUUCACAUUCUUGGCGAAACCCACUGCCAGAAGUUUCUACAAACACCGCUUCUGGUGUUGGGUGCGUUUCUGUUUAUGGUUUCAUUGUGCGAAUUGGUCGGGUCAACGUGCAAGCUCCAGAAUCAUUUGGCGAAUGACAAGAAUUGGGGUCGGAUCAAGAGUUGUUUGAUGGAUACUGACAUUUGCAGUCGUCUCAAGAAAGAGAUAAAUGACAAUGUUGUUGCAUUCUAUAGGAAGAAUCUGUCUGCAAUCCAGUCGAGUUGCUACAAGCCGCCAACCUACUGUGGUUUUGAGUUCAAGAAUGCGACGUUGUGGGUGUUGCCAAUGCCUAGGAAUGGAGAUAGAUGGAGAUGGUGCCCAGAAGUGCCACCCGUGAAGGCUCUAAUGGCGUGUGGACUACUUCCUUCUCAAAGUGGCAACCGUAUGGAUGAUGUGGUGAGCCAAAACCGGCUAGCUAUGCUUGCUCCAAGUUGCAGCGUGUAA